AUGAGUCUCCAUGCGAAGAUCAGCAAUGUUAUGUGUGUUGUUGUCGGAUCAGGUCUUCUUCUCUUCUCAAACAUCUUCGUGGUCAUCGAGAUACGAACAGCACUUUAUAAGCGUAUAAUUGGAGCCUGUUUGGCAUACCACCUAGACAAAAGCUCUUUGUUGCAGUACAUUUUUCUCGGUGACUAUGUGGAUCGUGGGCGUCGAUCGCUGGAGUGUGUUUGCUUGGUGCUAACCUUGAAGAUUUUAUUUCCACGCAAGUAUCAGAUCUUACGAGGAAAUCACGAAUGCAAAGGUAUCAAUCGGGUCUACGGAUUUUAUGAUGAGCUUCUCGACCGCUUUGAAAAAGAGGAAGCUGAAAGAUUAUGGCUAGGAUUCAACGAGGUUUUCUCGUGGAUGCCGCUGGCUGGACUUGUUGGGAAGAAAAUUCUGUGCAUGCAUGGUGGAAUUUCGGCUUACCUCAAUUCUCUUGAUGAUAUCCGUAAGGUGCUCAUUUGUUUUAUCUUCAACAAAAUUGACUACAGAUACGCGCCGAACACAGUGCGAGGAGUGGCGACGUUCUUCGGUGAAGAUGCUGUUAUUCAGUGUUGUGAGAAAUUAAAAGUCGACUUGAUAGUACGGGCACAUCAAAUGAUGAUGUCUGGUUAUGGUUUCUUUUGUAACAGGAAGCUAAUCACCAUUUUUACAGCACCAAGAUAUCAGCCAGAAGCGGUGGGUUACAGCAUAAGAACCAUAAAGCUAAUUACUUGA